UCCUGCCGCGAUUCCUCACCGGCGUCUCGGCUCCGAGGUGCUCCCGAAGGCGGGAUGUCGCGGCGGCGGCACAGCGAUGAGAAUGAUGGGGGACAGCCUCACAAAAGGAGAAAGACCUCAGAUGCAAAUGAAACUGAAGACCACUUGGAAUCUUUAAUAUGCAAAGUAGGAGAAAAGAGUGCCUGCUCUUUGGAGAGCAACCUAGAAGGCCUAGCUGGUGUUUUGGAAGCUGAUCUUCCCAACUACAAGAGCAAGAUCUUAAGGCUUCUUUGUACAGUUGCCCGUCUUUUACCUGAGAAGUUGACAAUUUAUACAACUUUGGUUGGACUACUGAAUGCCAGGAACUACAAUUUUGGUGGAGAAUUUGUAGAAGCCAUGAUUCGUCAACUUAAAGAAUCAUUGAAAGCAAACAACUAUAAUGAAGCUGUAUAUUUGGUUCGAUUUUUGUCUGAUCUUGUGAACUGUCAUGUAAUAGCUGCCCCAUCGAUGGUUGCUAUGUUUGAAAACUUUGUAAGCGUGACUCAGGAAGAAGAUGUGCCUCAGGUCCGACAAGAUUGGUAUGUGUAUGCAUUUCUGUCAUCUUUGCCCUGGGUUGGAAAGGAAUUGUAUGAAAAGAAAGACGCGGAGAUGGACCGCAUUUUUGUCAACACUGAAAACUAUCUGAAAAGACGCCAAAAGACCCAUAUACCCAUGUUACAAGUAUGGACUGCAGAUAAACCACAUCCUCAAGAAGAGUAUUUAGAUUGCCUGUGGGCCCAGAUUCAGAAAUUGAAGAAGGAUCAUUGGCAAGAACGGCACAUCCUGAGACCUUAUCUUGCCUUUGACAGCAUCUUGUGUGAAGCUCUCCAGCAUAAUCUGCCACCUUUCACUCCACCUCCUCACACAGAAGAUUCCGUGUACCCAAUGCCACGGGUCAUCUUUAGAAUGUUUGAUUACACAGAUGAUCCUGAGGGUCCUGUUAUGCCAGGAAGUCAUUCUGUGGAAAGAUUUGUGAUAGAAGAAAAUCUUCACUGUAUCAUUAAGUCCCACUGGAAGGAAAGAAAGACUUGUGCUGCACAGCUAGUAAGCUAUCCAGGAAAGAACAAGAUCCCCCUGAACUACCACAUAGUUGAGGUGAUUUUUGCAGAGCUUUUUCAGCUUCCAGCUCCCCCACACAUUGAUGUGAUGUACACAACACUUCUCAUUGAACUUUGCAGACUUCAGCCUGGUUCUCUGCCUCAAGUUCUUGCACAGGCAACUGAAAUGUUAUACAUGCGAUUGGACACAAUGAAUACUACAUGUGUAGACAGGUUUAUUAAUUGGUUUUCUCAUCAUCUAAGUAACUUCCAAUUCCGCUGGAGUUGGGAAGAUUGGUCAGAUUGUCUUACUCAAGAUUGUGAAACUCCCAAACCAAAGUUUGUAAGAGAAGUACUGGAAAAAUGUAUGAGGUUGUCUUACCAUCAGCGUAUAUUGGAUAUUGUUCCUCCAACCUUCUCAACUUUAUGUCCUGCAAACCCAACUUGUAUUUAUAAGUAUGGAGAUGAAAGUAGCAAUUCUCUUCCUGGACAUGCUGUUGCCCUCUGUUUAUCUGUUGCCUUUAAAAGUAAGGCCACCAAUGAUGAAAUCUUCAGUAUUUUGAAAGAUGUACCAAAUCCCAACCAGGAUGACGAUGAUGAUGAAGGAUUCAGUUUUAAUCCACUGAAGAUAGAAGUCUUUGUACAGACUUUGCUACAUUUGGCAGCCAAAUCGUUCAGCCACUCCUUCAGUGCUCUUGCCAAGUUUCAUGAAGUCUUCAAAACCCUCGCUGAAAGUGAUGAGGGAAAGUUACAUGUCCUGAGAGUUAUGUUUGAGGUCUGGCGAAACCAUCCUCAGAUGAUUGCUGUCCUCGUGGAUAAGAUGAUUCGUACGCAGAUUGUUGACUGUGCUGCAGUAGCAAAUUGGAUUUUCUCUCCAGAACUAUCUCGGGACUUUACUAGAUUGUUUGUUUGGGAAAUCUUGCACUCCACAAUUCGUAAGAUGAGCAAGCAUGUUCUGAAGAUCCAGAAAGAGCUAGAAGAAGCUAAAGAAAAGCUUGCAAGGCAGCACAAACGGCGAAAUGAUGAUGAUGACAGAAGCAGUGACAGGAAAGAUGGGGCUCUUGAGGAACAAAUAGAAAGACUGCAAGAAAAAGUGGAAUCCGCUCAAAGUGAACAAAAGAACCUCUUUCUUGUCAUAUUUCAGCGUUUUAUCAUGAUCUUAACCGAACAUCUAGUUCGCUGUGAAACAGAUGGGACCAAUAUAUUAACUCCAUGGUACAAGAACUGUAUAGAGAGGCUUCAGCAGAUAUUCUUACAGCAUCACCAAAUAAUCCAGCAGUACAUGGUGACCCUGGAGAACCUCCUCUUCACGGCUGAACUAGACCCUCAUAUCCUGGCCGUCUUCCAGCAGUUCUGUGCCCUGCAGGCCUAAGGGUCAUUUUCUCCCUUCUGUCAAGAUUUUUUAAAAAAAUACCUUGAAAUAAUUUGUCUU